AUGGCAGGAGCUCUCUCUGGUGAAGCAGCCAAGGACAUUCCCAUCGACUUUUCUUCAACACAGAGCUUACCUGAUUCUCACACAUGGUGGUCAAAUGGAUGCUCCGACAUCAUCGACGGGUCGGUAUCCGUGCCGGUGGUGAACCUCAACGAUCCAAAUGCCAAGGAGACGAUAAAGCUUGCAUGUCAGGAAUGGGGUAUUUUCCAACUGAAGAACCAUGGAAUACCCUUAUCUCUACUGAAGGAGGUGGACGAUGAGAUUCAACGGUUCUUCUCUCUCCCAACCGAGCAAAAGGCCAAAGCCCUAAGGCCUCCGGGAGGCUCCGCCGGGUACGGCUCUGCUUACAUCUCGCCGUUCUUCCCCAAAGUCAUGUGGCACGAAGGCUUUACCAUUAACCGUUCUUGCUACGACGAAGCGAAGAAAGUUUUGCCUGAUCAUGAUCUUGCUCGUUUCUGUGAAACAAUGGAAGAAAUUCAGAAGCAACUGAAGAGAGUAACAGAGAAGGUGACAGGUGUAAUAUUGGAGUUACUGGAGGUGCGUGAUGAAGAGAAGAAAUGGGUUAAGAGCGAUAACGUUACAUUACAAAUGAACUUGUAUCCGAGAUGUCCAGAGCCAGAUCGGGCCAUAGGUUUUGCUCAGCACAAAGACACCUCCAUAGUCACAUUUCUGCACCAAACCCAAGUGGAAACCCAGACCAGGAGCGAGAUCCCGACCAAGGACCAAACCAGUGGGCUCCAGAUUUUCAAAGAAGGAAUCGGGUGGGUUCCAGUUCGCCCUGAUCCAGACAUGUUUGUGGUGCAGAUUGGUGACAUCCUGGAGAUUCUGUCCAAUGGAAGGUGCCCUUCGGUGCUCCAUCGGGUCACAGUGAGCGGGUCAGCUAAUCGAUAUUCGUAUGCGUUUUUCCAUAGGCCCUCAGCUGAAGCUCUUCUCUCUCCUUUCAAAUCUCCUCCUCGUUUUCGAGCUCUCACUUUGAAGGAAUAUGACGCCCUCAAGGCCAAGGAUCGACACAAUGCAUUGGCUUCCAUCUCCAUUUGA